AUGGGCCAAUCAAUCCUGGAAAAUUCUGGACGCCUUAUACUUUUCGCCCCAUUUGAGCGAUUGACUCAGAAUAGGACUCAUACUGUGCCACAGCCUACAGUACGCGCCUACCUGACGUCACUGUCUACGAACUUUCGUAUUCGACCAUCUGCCCCAAACCUACCGUAG